UCGGAUGAUCUUGCUUUCAGAUCUUCGCUGCACGUGGUUUUAUUGGAAACCUUCUGUCAGAGUCCAGAGUCAGUCAUGGAGUCUGGUGACCUGUGGGUAGGAGCAAGGGCCAGAAUGCCUACUGAAUCGCUCUGUGCCCCCAGCCCCCGUCCUUAAUCCCUUCCUAACUUUCCAUCUGUCUCUGGUCUCCAGGGGUGCAGAACCACAACACACCUGCCCCUUCCCAUCUGCCUGGGCUGCAACUCUUUCCCCCAGGACCGGGAAGGCGGGGGCGGGGGUUUGGAGGGGCGGAGCUGGGCCUCCAGCUGCCGCCGCUGCCACCGCCGCCGCUGCCGCCUGCAAAGCUGUCGCCCCUGUCUCUGAUGCUCAGGCUGGGCAGCGCUGGACAGAUGGGUGCACCCUGGGCCUGACGGAUGAGCAGUCGGGCAAGUGAACUCUCACCUCCAAACUGGCUCUGCGCCCGGCGGGGGCGGCGGCGGCGUCUGCAGCCCCGCGGUGGGGGCAGCCCCCUCGGUCUCCUCCCGGCUGCUGCGCGCCGCCUCUGCUCUUUGCAUAGUAAUUUCAGUUCCUGAACGCACGGAGCUCGCUCCGGGACCGGGCUGAGAAGGACCUCAGCUCGCGGGCCCGCAGGAGCCAACGGCGUGGCGCCGAGAGCAGGCGCUUGGGAUAUGAGACGGGAGGCCCCCGCCGCAGCUCAGGCAGUGGCCCCGCCGCGCCGCGGAGCCGCGCAGAGCAGAAAAAUGUCUCUGGCAGCAAUGUGGAGUAUUUAAAGAAGGUACAGAUUGGAGGAAGAGAGAUCACCACUUAAGAAGGCUUACUGUGGUAAGAAAUGAUAGAGCCCACAUUAUAUUAGUAAGGAGACCAGGGAAGUGGUGGGUAGGUAUAGGAGAUAUUACAAAGGAAGGAUCUAUAAGACUUGGUGGUUAGUUGGAUCUGAGGAAUGCAGAGAGAGAGAAUGGCUUUGAAGUUUCUGGCUUGGAUGAGAAGAUGAAGAUGACAUUCAAUGAGAUAAUUAAGAAGGAAGAAGAUGCUUAGAGGUGAAACUGAUGAGUUUGGGGCAUAUUUAAUUUGAGAUAUCAGUAAGACUUCUAAAUGGAGAGUUGCUAUUUUGGAGAUCAAUACGGAGUUCUGGCUGGAGAUGAAUCUUGAGAUUUAUGAACAUAUAAGUAAUUAGGUCCUCCAGGUUGAGUGUAUGGAGUGAGAACAGAAGUUCUGGAAAAUGCCAACAUUUAGAAAAUGAACUUAGAAUAAAGAACUGAAGAAUGGCAAUAAGGAAGAGACUUCUGUAGAGAAAAGAGGAAAAACAAGUAAGAGCCUAGCGCAGAUAAGAGCUUCCAGAGGACAGAGUGGUCAGUAUGUCAAGUGCUGCAGGGAAGGCAACAAAGAUAAGGAGAGAAAUGUGCUCUUUUGUUUUGGCAAAGUCCAGUCAUUGGUGGCUUGAGCAAGGGGAGUUUCAGUGGAAUGCUGGGAAUGACAAACCACCUGAUAGUAGAUUUGGGAGUGACCGUGCAAGAAGUGGGGAGUGGGGGGACUAUAGACUGUCUUUUUAGAAAGUUGAGUUCUGAGGAAAGCAGAGCUAUAUAGAAAUCAGUCGCUACAUGGGCUAGGAAAGAGAUUUCCCUGAUGAUAUAGGGUUGACCGUGCUGUGAUCCAACUGAAGUGGGAACCCUGUGCUCUAUAGAGCAGCUAUGGUAGCGGGGUGAGAAUGGCGAGGCAGGAAAAAGUUGGGACAUCUCUUCCAAAUAAAGGAGUCUACUGAGGACACAUUUUUAAGACAGUUCAGGAAUUUCUCACACAACUGCCAUUGUGAGCUAUUUGUUAACAUGAAAUAAAAAUCUCCUUUCCUUCAUGCUCCAUGUAAUGGGCAUUGUUUUGCUGUCCAACCUCCCAAAUUCAUUGUUUUCUUUUUACAAUGCUCUUGUCUUCUCUAGGGGAACUGGUUCUUCCCUCUGUGCUCAGCCUUGGUGAAACUGUCCGUCAAGGUGCCCUGCCUUCUUCUUGUGAAGACCCAACUGGGCCUCUCUCCCAGGACUUUGAAUCUGGAGCCUUUAAAUGGAAUCAAGGGUUUGGGAGAGGAGGGUGAUUAGAGUUUCUUCCAGUGACAGUCCUCUACCAUGACCUGAUUUCUCCCCUCUUUGAAUCUUCUUCCAUAGGUUUCCCCCUAAUUCUGUCACUACCCCAGAUCCUUGGACAGGCUGUAGUGCCUAAGACUCUGGAGCUACACAGCUUGGGUUCAAAUCCCGAUUUAGUUAUACUCUAACUGCACAACCUGGAGCAAGUUACUCCUCUGUGCCUUGAAACCAAGUAACUCAUCUGUAAAGUGGGGCUAAUAGCAGUGCCUAUUAUGUAGGCAUUAAUCUAGAAAUUAAUGACUACAGUGCUUAGAAUGCUGCCUAAUCCAAGUAGGUGCUGCAGGUGCUGGUUAUUAUCAUCCUAAUAAAUUCCUCGUCUGUAUGCUAGCCAGGAUUAUUUGCUUCUGUGUGCCUCCAAAGAACCCUAAUGGAUACCUCCUUUAUUCUGGAUUAGUAACAUUUUAUUGUACUGCACUUGAAAAUGUAGACAUAAUUAAUAAUUUUGUAGAAACUGAUUAUUUUUGACAAUUCAGAAAAAGGAGAAUUUAAAUAUGCCAUCAUAUCUGUGGCAAAUGAACGAAAGCUCUCAUUUAAGAAUCAGAUAAAGGAAGUUAACGAGAGACAUUAAUGGCAUGUUUUUACAGAAUUUUAGAGAAUAAAAAUAAGGGAGAGAUUUUUGAAACAUUUUUGAAAUAUGGUAGCUCAUUAGCUAUUCAUAGAAAUGAGACAGAUAAUGAUCAGUCCUUUCUUUAAGUUCAGAACACAGUAGAGAAAACAGUGAACUGGAAAUCUGAUUUGGAACUCAUGUCACUUACGUCUUCAAGAAGUUAAUUGUUCUCACUGAGUCUCACUUUCCUCACUCAGAAAAAUGCCUACUUCUGACACUGCAUUUCAGGUCAGUCUGUUACACAGCAAUAUUGCAGCAAUAUACUAACUGAUACAUGGGAUUAUAGAACUGUGGGAUUAGGAGAGAUCACCCAGGGAAAAAAGGGCGUAGUGAAAAACACCAAGAAAUAGAUCUGAGCUGAGGAGCAAGAACUACCCAAGAUGAACCAGGCAGAAAGACGUAAGAAAACAAACAGGCUGUGGGUCAUGGAGGCCAAGAGAAGCGCAUAUUUCAAGGAAGAAACGUGCACAUUUUGCUAAGAGGUCACCUAAGAUGAGGGCAGAAAGUCGUUUGGAUCCCUCCACAUCAAGGUCACCACUACCCAUAGCAUGGACUAGAUAGACUCUAGUAACCAAGAUUGGGCUUUCUGAGUCAAACAACGGGCAACUGGAGACAAGACAAUGGGCCAAGAAGGUUCAGACACACAAAGGCAGAGGAUGAAAAAGGAGUUUGGAAUUAGUAAGAUAUCCACAUCAGGUGACUCAGAAGUUGACGGACAGGGCAUACAUGGCAAUCUCCUUGUUGCAGACAAGUAGCCUGAAGGUCAGCAGUGUCCACUGACAAUAUAAGGUCCUGUGACAAAAGAGACAAAGCCAAGCUGUAGACCUGAUGGGUGGAAUGAGGGCCAGCAGCCAGGGAUAGUGAACAGGAAACAUCAGUCCUGCUUUCCCUGGAGGUCCUGGUCCCUCCCCUGGCAUGCCCAGUGUGUGGACUGCAGACGACUCCUUGGGGAUGGACAUUCUGCUCCUGCAGGUCACUCAUGCCUCCCACCUAGACAAAUUCUGUCACUUUCUUGUAAAUUUAGCCCACAGAUGCAGGGAAUACUGACCACUGUGGUUACCAUGGGCCUGGAUCUAAACUUUCUAAGCUAUUUUGAGAAUCCAACCAUGACCCCAAAAGCCACAUUGAAAAUGUCUUUUUAAAUGUAAAUUGUUAUACAUAGGUCCACCUAAACCAGUAUAUUUGACACAUACCUUUAUGAGCUUUCAUUUCGUAGAACAUAUCCUCCUCACACCCCCAUAUAGGAAUAUUAAUUAUGAGUUCCAAUUAGAGCUGCAGGAGCUCAUCUCAUCCUGCUAGAUGCUCGGCAGGUGAAGCACCACCCAGCCAGCAUGCCCCCUCCACAAAUGAGAGUAGGAGAAACGGUGCCAUCAUCUUUGAACUCCCAUCAUGGGGUAAUAGAAAAGUGGCUGGGAAACACUGUACUAUGCUAAUGUGCCUGACAAGAAUAAUAAUCUCUAACUUUUGCCUUCAUUUCCUAAUGGUUUGCAGUGCACUCACAUUAUCUUCUUUUACCUUUCAAGGCUUUCAGAUGAGGGGAGGUUAUAUAUCUCACGUGUAACAGAUUACCUGUAUUUUCUGCAGAGGAACACUAGAGAGAUAUCUAGUUUUCAAAAGAAAUUGCUAAUGGUAUCUUUUUCAACUAGUCUCUCUGCACAUAUAAAUGAUAAGCAAAAGCAAAGUUCAAAAUCUAGGUGAUAAUUGAAGUGACUAGUGCAGUAUUAUCUAAUGAGAGGGGUCUGUAAUUAAGAAAGAUUCCAUUAAAGAUGAAUUAGAAUAUCACCAGCAAGAACUAUAAUAAUCUUACUAAAAUAAAUAUUUAAAACACAGCAAAGAUCAAUGCAUAGACAAGUUGUAGCAUAAAUAAGAAGUAAAAAUUGUAUAAAAUAAAACUGUACAUGAUAUCUCGUGAAUAAUAGGUGCUCAAAUAAUAUCUGUUAAAGAUAUUUGGUCUAUUCAAAAUUCAUUGUUUUCAUCAAAAAAUAUCCUGUAUUAUUUGCCGUGUGGUGAGGGACAAGAUGGCUCUGGGCGCAGAGAAAAGUAUUACUGUGCAUCUCUUUUCUACUAAUUAAAGCAAGAAUUUCUUGGAAUUCAGUUCUCUUGAGGCAGGUAAAACUCACAGAACCUUUCCUUGAAAUUAAAUCGACCUGGCCUAGGCUAAUUGUAGACAUUAUUCAUUAUGGAACUGGAAGCUCCACAUAAAACUGACCCCCGUUAAGGUGAGUUAGGCAGAUGGGAGUUUUUUCUUCGUGAAAUGUGUUGGCAAAUAUUAACCCAUCUGAUCGGUAUCCCAGAUUGCACUACUGUGACGGCAUUACAGCUCGUCAUUGCUGGUGACGUGGACAAGGAGGCAAACAAAGGUCUACUUCAUUAAAGGAAGGAAAAAAUAACAACUGAGUGAGAGGUUACACAACCAUUUCUUGGACAGCUCUUUGCAGGGCUGGUAGGAAAUGGGUUACCAGGAAGGAGAGCUGCAUUCUGCUCCUCCAAGAGUGAAUGCAAUUGUUAUCUUGUUAGCCAGGGCACUGAACUGCUGGAGCAGAUCUUGUCCGACUGUCAGGGAAUCUGUUCUGAAGAAGGAAGAGGAAAGCUUUUCUUUUGUCUUUUAUGUCUGUUUUGAUUCUUCUUUGCUACUGACCAAGAUACCCACAUAACCUAAGGUCAAGGAAUGUGCUAACUCAAUCUAGCAUUGAGUGGCUGCUGGCUGUCGGCAGCGUUCUAUUAUUUUAACAUUGAUUAGAAUAUCUUGAAUAGCAAAAUAUAGAGAUUAUCAGUAAAAAUUUCAAAUUAGAUACCCAACUUUUGUUCUAUUACCCAAAUCACAGAGCCAAACCUGUCUUGCAACUGAGCCUUCUUUGCAAACAAAGUCAUUGCUUUACUCUUAGAAAUUGCUUCCUAUCAAUCCCCUAUGUGGGGACUCACAUACCAUAUGCUGUGCUCACACAUACACACACACACACACACACAAACACACACACACACACGCACGAGUUACCUGGUCCGUUAUUGGAAAAUGUAGACGCUACCAGAACACCGUGCUUGCCAAAGAGGCGGAAGCCUGAAGCUCUUCUGUCCACAUCCACAGCUGUUAUACCCAUCCUGCCUCAGUGUUCAUAUUUGGUGCCAAACACCAGCCAUCUGCACCUCCUCAUUUACCUCAUUUACCUGUCAGUAAUGGGUCUUUCCCAGAGUAGGACAGCAGCUACCUGUCGUCACUCCUCAACCUCAAUGCCAAUCUUAUUAGCUCUGAAAGGUUAUCAAGAAGCCAGGCAACACUGGAAAGACAAGGGGCUGGAAGACAAUUGCUGACAAAUGUAGUCCUUUUAACCCUUCCCUGCCCAUAGCAUCAUCCCAGAAGGCCCAAUCUCUGCCUCGUCCUGCAAGUUCCUGACAUUGAUUCAUCUGGAUCUGCCACCCACUCCAGCUCUUUAUGCCCCUAUUCCCCUGCUCACUGCCAACUCUCCAAUUCACAUCUGGCAGCAGGCAUGGCCGAAGUGGUUAGGGGCUAAGGGAGUGCCCAGGCACAGCUUGGCAGGUGAGAGACUGAGCCCAGGAGAUAGGUUCUUGAGAGCACUCUCUGACCCAGGAAGCCAACUCACUAAGUCACCGAGGGCUCUGUUCACCAGGUAGUUUCAGUGCUUAAAGUUAGAUGUUCCACGUGUUUUAUUGAGAGUGUAUCUGCAGUGGGUGUUUGGUAAUAUCCACUUAACAUUCUUCUCCAAAAUUAAACUAUUGCAGCCAUGUAUUAUAGACUAGAACAUUUGGAGCCAAGCCAGAAUAGGUUUCUGAGGAACUUUGACCCUUUGGCAGGAGGGAUGGCCAGUUAACCAGGCAAAAGGCCCACCCCCAACCUGAAAUUCCAUGAUAGGAUCUAAACCACGCCUCCAUCUUGGCUGGCAUUUGUAUGGAGCUGAUCCUACUUAACUAAAACAAGGAUUGAUUCUGUAGAAUUCAGAGAAUGACACACCUGUAAUUUUUUAAAGCCUUGCAGAUCAUUCUGCUGGACAACUAAGUUUGGGAUCCAAAUCUAUGCCAAACUUUUCAUUUUCCAGGUGAAGAUACUGAGGCUCCCAAAACUCAAGUCUGUGUCUUUUAAACAAUGGUGUUUUCUCCACUGCCCUGUGAUGCUUUGCUGCAAGUUUUCUUUUGUGCCUUCAGGGACACUGUGACAAUCAACAUGAUUACUAUCAAAUAAUUACACUUUUAUACAGUCAGUGCAAAUAUCAACAUAGUCAAAAAGGCAAGUAACUUUUAGUACAAUUAUGAAAGAAAUUUUGACCUCAUGAACCCCCUGGAAAGAGACCCUGAAACCCCAAAAAGCCCAGGAACUAUACUUUGGAACUUCCAAGUAGACAAUCAGAUUCCUUGCUGUUAUCUCACACCUUAAUGAGGAUAGCAACAACAGGCAAAAAUAAAUACGUUUCAUUUCAACAAGCACAAUUAAACACAAACAUACUUCACCUUGACAACAACACAGUUAAAUAGCACUUUGGGGUUAUUUCGUCUUCUGUCACCAAUCGUUUAUUUGGUGUGUUGCUGUAUGUGCUAGAUUCUUUGUGAUGAGAGAAAUGAAUCUUUGUCUUGGUCAAGCCCUGUUCCCCCAUUUGUCUCAUCCUCUCAUCUGCCUUUCCCACUCUGGAAUUAUCAUUUGUUUAGACAUCUGCUUUUCUGACUUCAUAACAUGCUUCUUGAGGGCAGAGUCUAUGUUUACUCAUGUCGUAUCCUCAGUGCCCACUUUAGCACUUAGUACACUAUUGCUUAAGUAAUUGGGCUAAAUUAAACUGACUAUAAUAAUGAGGAAGAUCUGCCAUUUGGAAAAAGGAUACAUAACAUAACAUAUUAAGUCAUGGGUGUCACACACAGGUCAUCUGCAGGGCAUAUCACAGAGAUUUGCUUGCUGGAAUGGAGAGCCUGUGAAAAAAGUGUUUCUGUAAUCACGAGGCAUGUUUUUUAACAUUAGUAUAUGUUCUAGCGGUUACAGAGUCAGGAGUGGUAAGGCUCUGUUGCCAUAAAUCUGUUUCACUCCAGAUUAUUUUUUGCAGCUUGUUGAAAUUCUAAAUCAAUUAAUGUUACAUUCCAAAUUGCUGUAGUAUUCUGCUUUGUCAUUAAUAUGGCCUUCAGGAGACGUAAACCCCAAUUUGUAGAUUUAAGCUCCAAUUUUUAGUGCUGAUUGGAUUAAAGCUAUAACUGGGGCUAUUAAUUAACUUGAAUUUGGGAUUGGGACCAAGCUGACUAAAUUUUCAGAUGGCAUAAACUUAGUGAGAUUGCCAGUAACACAUUUACUAUUUCUUAAAUUAAGAAAAAUAGAUGAUCUUCAAAAAAAAAAAAUGUGGUUUCUCCUUCUUUCUUGUUUUCAGCACUUCUAAAGCUCUAUGUGCUAGAUUCUGUGAUAGAUACCAGAGGGCCCAAGCUGAACACAUGGUUAUGUACUUGGAUGGAGCUCUGAAAUAAGCUUUCUGUUUUCAAUCUGUGGAUCAUGAUGGAUAUCAAUUUGGUGUGUUUCAGUGAGCAUUUUUAAAUGGAAUAGAAUUGAAUAGAAAAUAUCAGAAGACUGGCUCUUCAGAGGAAUAAACCCUGACCGUGUCAAUACUCUGAGCCCUGACUGCAUCACUCCUCCCCCACCAGUGGGAACACUACUUAAGAGAGAGCUCUGGAGUGCUCCUGAAGAGAAAUUCCAUGGGGACUGUACCUGACCCUCUGAGAUCAGCUAAAACUUCCUUGAUUGCAGCUUCCGGAAAAGAAGAGGAUCUAGGAGAGCUGCAGGCUGCCUCACCUCAGCAUCCACCAGCUCUCCUGUGUAAGAAUGCCAAUGGCUUUUCUGGUACCCCUGCAGAAGAAGACCUCAGCCUCAGGGCAGCUGCUGAAGCCCUGAUGCAGGCUUGUGAACAUGAGACCACCCAGCCAGAUAUGUCUUCUCCUGGUGUCUUCAAUGAAGUGGAGAAAGCUUCUGCCACAUUCAACUCUCCAGGCAAUCCCCAGCUGCCAGGGAGCAACCAGCCUGCGGCACCAGCUGCAAGUUCUGCAGCAGAAAGGGAUCUUAUACAUACACCAAUGACAAUGCCAGCCAAUCAGCACACCCACCAGUCCAUCCCAGGUGAUCAGCCCAAUGCCAUCACCUCUUCCACGCCUGAAGAUUCCCUGAUGAGAUCACAGAGAACCUCAAAUAGAGAGCAAUCUGAGAAACCAAGUUGUCCUGUGGGAGACAUCCUCAGUAGCAGCAAAGAUCAGGUGUCCUGUGAAUUUCCUUCUCCAGAAGCAAUCCAGGGAACAGUGCAGACUCCAGUGACAGCAGCCAGGGUGGUCAGUCAUUCAUCCUCUCCUGCAGGCGGACCUGAACAGGAAAGGCAGGGAGCCAACUUUGACUCUGAAAUGAGAUCCUAUAAACCUCUAACUAGAGAAUCUGGAUGUUCAGAGAACACGCAGCCCUCUGUCACUGCCUCAGGCCCCCAGGGCACAACUUCAGUGACACCUCAACCAUCCCCUGUCACUAGCAAACCUUCGGCAUGCCCUCCAGGUCCAGGGAAGGUGCUGCUCCCAGCACAGCAUCAGAUGUCAAGGUUCAAAGAAGCCAGUACUAUGACCAACCAAACUGAAAGUGAGAUCAAGGAAGCUCCCAGCAGGGCUUGGCAAGAUGCAGAGGUACAGGCAGUGGCAAGUGUGGAGAGCAGAUCGGUCUCCACCAGCCCCAGUAUCCUCACUGCAUUCCUGAAGGAAAGCCCUGCCCCUGAGCAUUUUGAGCAAGAGCAGCUGCGUGUCAUUUGCCACAGCAGUGGGAGCCACACAUUGGAGCUCUCUGAUAGCAUGCUAGCCCCCCAGGAAUCCCGUCAGUGCCCUGCCAUCAUGCCACGGGUACACAUUCAGGAAGCAGCAACUGUUUCUACAGCCUUCCAACAGGAAAAUAAACUAGUGAGCCUACCAGAUGAGGUCCUUAAAACCUCAUCAAUCAGUCUGGCCUCCAGUAAUGCCCAGGAUACAUUUAAAGAAGAUGGGAGGUUAGCAGGAAUGAGUCCAAUGAGGGAAGAAUCAACUUCUAAAAAGCUUGCAGGUACUAAUUCUAGCUCCCUGAAAUCUAGCCCCCUUGACCAGAUUUCUGUCAGUGCAUGCAGUCAAGCUGAAACAAGUUAUGGAUUGGGAAAAUUUGAAACCAUGCAGUCUGAGUUUGCAGAGAAGACCACAAAUGGCCACAAAACAGAGUCAGGUUGCAAACUAUCUGACUCUUGUGGCUUUACCGGCAAAGCUGACCAUUCUGGAAGCUUGGAGCCCACGAAUAAAGGAGAUGCAAGGGAAAAGAAGCCUGCAUCUCCUCAGAUAGUAAAAGAAAAAGAGUCCACUGGCACCGAAACCCCGGAAGCCAAAACCCGGCUGCUCAAUCCUAAAUCUCAAGAAAGUGGAGGCACAGAAUCAGCUGCUAAUCCUACACCCUCCCCAAUUAGGAACAACCAGGAGAGUACCUUAGAAGAAGACAGACAGACCAAGACAGCCACAAGCCUGAGCCUGCCGUCUGAUCCCAUGAGUGACUCCAGCCCAGGUUCGAGCAAGAAGACACCAUCUCGCUCCGUCAAAGCCAGCCCCCGCAGGCCCAGCCGCGUCAGCGAGUUCCUCAAGGAGCAGAAGUUAAAUGUGACAGCAGCUGCUGCUCAGGUGGGACUCACUUCGGGAGAGAAGAAAAAGCAGCUUGGCGCGGACUCUAAGCUCCAGCUGAAACAGUCCAAGCGUGUCAGGGACGUGGUGUGGGAUGAGCAGGGAAUGACCUGGGAAGUGUAUGGUGCUUCCUUGGAUGCAGAGUCCCUGGGAAUCGCAAUCCAGAACCAUUUACAAAGACAAAUCAGGGAACAUGAGAAAUUAAUCAAAACUCAAAAUAGCCAGACCCGGAGAUCCAUCUCCUCAGAUACUUCUUCAAAUAAGAAGCUCAAAGGAAGGCAGCACAGUGUUUUCCAGGCCAUGCUGCAGAACUUCCGACGCCCCAACUGCUGCGUCCGUCCUGCCCCUUCUUCUGUGUUAGACUGAAAGGAAAUAUUUAUGGGAGUUUUUGUAUAAAUUUAUGGUAUUCACAUGUGUCCCUCUGUGUCAAAGCUUGCUUAGUUGUUUUUUUUUUUUUUUUUUUUUUUUUUUUUUUUGCAAGACCAGGAAGGAAAAGCAAGUAUUCACUGUAAGAAAUUGCUAUUAAAAAUUGACCUAGAGCUCUAUAAACAAAAAUGUCAUUUCAAUUUGAAAGAAGGAACAAGAGAAGAGAAACAUGCUUCACUGAAGGUUUGCAAUCUUAAUUAAUUGAAAAGAAUACUCACUGGGUUUUUAAAAAUAUGAUGUUGCUCAUAGAGAGAGCAUUAUUAUUAUAUUAUUAUACAUGUAUCAUUUUGUAUUACUGCCUCAGUUAAUCACACAAUAGUAUUUCCAUUAAAAUCCCUGCUUCAUAUUGGAAGUAGCAAAAACACUAUUGGCAAAAAACAUUGUUAUAAUUUCUAGUUCUAUUGCAAUAAUAAUACUGUAACCACACAAAUUUUAAAUAGAUGAUAAGAAUCAUAAAAAAUUGAGAAAAAAUUUGAUUCAUUCCUAGGCCAGAUAACAUUAAAUAUACCAACUGUGAUUUAAUGUUUGUAAACAUCUGCAGACAACCUUUGUAUAAACCUUCUUACAGCUGUUAAUAAAUAUAAGAAAGUUACAUUAGGAAUAUUAGCUAAGCUUUUGAAUGUGAAAACUGCCUACGUUAAACAUGGAUUUAUAUAGACACAUUUUCCUGCACUGAAGGCAAGGUGCAUCUUUGUGAUUCUGACCAGACAUAUUCAUAUUUUCUUGCCCUAGAGGAAGUACAUGGGACUGAAUUCUUGAAAGAGUCAUCGAAUUAGGGAUAAUACUAAAUUGAUAUUGUACAAGUGUUCUCCAGUGAUAUUCUACUGAGGAUGCUAAGAUUCUGGUAAGGAACUAUAAAUAGCAGAUUACCAAACACUGCUUUUUCUGUGAUGAUAAAAACCUCAUAAGUAACAAAAACAAUGUUUAAUUUAGACUUCUGUAAACAGGAUGCAAUUUGUGAUUAUUUUUAAUUUCGUGCAGUAACUUCCAAUAGCAAAUGUAGUCAACACCAAAUUAGAACGUGAGCUCCUUUUCAGUUUUUGUACAUAGACUAUCAUCUAAUUGCUUAAGUGUAUACUCUGGAGUAAAAAGGUAACUUCAGCAAGCUUAUUGAUUUUAAGAGAAAUAUCCUUCAUAUUCUUCAAACCCAAUGAAAGAAGAGGCCUUUACAAAAACAUGACUUGUGUUUUGGGUGGAAUAUGCUCCUUGGGAACAUAGGCACCUGUCUGACCUCAGACCUCACGUGUCUCCAGAAGAGAAGCAUGUUCCAAGACACACGAGUAUCCUCAAAGGCACUGGCCUGGAUGAGCAGCAGUGGCUUGAGGGGGUAGUGUGGAAAGAAGGAACGAACAACAGCCCUGGGAAGGCUUCCCUUCCUGCAGACGUUGUUGGGAGAGUGCUGAUCUCCAUUUGGCAUUUAGAAAACCAGACUUAGACGCUGGAGAGGCACCAAUUGCCUUCUCUGAACUCAUUCCCCAUGAUGAGCUAGAAAAGAGUACCUAACCAUGAGUAUUCUCUCCAGAGACUCAUGUGUCCCAUGGGUACAGUCAAUUGACACUAUCUGUUCUGGCUUUUUUCACUUUAAUUCUGCUUUGCACAUUCUGAACAUAUGCAGGGAAAAAAAUCAUUCCUGAACUUGAACAGCACAAACUACACCCGGCACAACCUAAAUUAAUAAAAAGACUUUGAUUUAUUUUGAAGCAAUUUAACUGUAGACAAAGCUUGCAUUCGUGAACCAGUAUUCUCAGAGCCUGAGAGUUGUUAUAGUUGUUCUAUUUGGAACUUAGGAGGAAUUUUUUAAUAAGGCACAUUUUUCAGUUUCUUACUCAUUGGUAUCUAUUAAGAAUACUAUGUAAUGUCAAAAUUGCCAUCAAAUUACCAAGCAAAUUACUAUUAAUGAUUAGAGAUUUAGCCUAAACUUCUCUGCUUGGGCCUUACAUACCCAUUUGUAGCCGUGUUUGUGUCACUUCUGUCUUGGAUGCCUCUGCCAGAACAUAAACCUCUCUGCUGGCUUCCGCUCACUGGCGUCUCCCUCCCACGUGGGCAUACAUGCUGCGUAUACACAGAGUACAGCCUGUGUACACAGUAGCAGCUGUCAACAAUGCCUAGUCCAGAUGGGUGGGCCCCAGGUAAUCCUCUGCUGUGAAGUGGCUAGAACGGGCUGUCCCUGCAUUAAAAUAGGCAAGAAAAAGGAAUUUCGCAUCUGGUAAUAAUAUUUAUUUUCACAACUUUAGAAUAACCACAUGAUUUGUAAACAGUUAAAUGAGGCAGAGGCCUGACAGAGUUGUAGACAUUUGUCUCACAUUAAAUAUAUCAGAAUUGCUAGAUUUGCUGUUGUGGUUAUGCCACUCAAAACUUUAAGAAAAUUUGUUUAAUGCACUAAGUUUAACUGGUUUUCUUUGGUGCUAGAACCAAAUUCUUUACUUCUACAACACUCAAAAAAUUAUCACAAAAUAUUACAAAAUAUUGUUUGUUUUGUUGCUCAUUAAAUCCUAUAGAACUAACAGCUUUUAAGGACAAUAACAGAAAUAUAUCUUCAGAUGGAUAAAUAAGAUAGGGACCUAUUCAAGACAGCAGCAUUUUUAUAUUGUGAUACCUACCCUAAGUUACUCUCACAAUAAAACCUUAUUUAAGAAUUUUCCUUCACAUCAAUCUGUGACAUAGCAUUAGGUGUUUAGUAUUUCUUACUUGUGAAACCUAAGGUUCAUUCAAAAAUUAAGUUGCAAGACAGUUUUUAUGGCAGACUCUUUGAACUUGCUCAGUUUUUUCCUUACUUUACCUGCAUGACACACUUUGGGUUGAAAGUUAUUUGGUUUUACCCUUCAUUUCUUUUAGAUAUAAUUUGGUUCUUUUUCAUGCAUUUUUAUUUUUGAAAUAUAGAGAGGAAAUAUUUUAUUAAAUCAAGAAAUAAGAAACAUUCCUUAAACCAGUAGUAAAAAGAUGAACUCCAUGCCUGAAAGACAGUUCAACAUUUAAAAUAUUAAGAUGCUAUACCAAUUAACAAGUGAAUACUAAAAAUUUUGAAUUUAAAGGUUGAUUGAUUGUUCUAUUUUUAUGAUCAUGAGAAAAAUGUCACAGCUUCAGCUGUCAUGUUUAUCUUGAAUGCUUUUCUAAUUAUGUGUUUCUGGAUUAUUGACUUUGAAUACUACCGACCAACUACUUUACAUAGAGUAAAAUACUGAUUAACCUUUGUGCUUUGGGUCAGUGGCAAAAGUUGAACACCCUGUUAAGUCAAGGUUAACCAGAAACCUUUUUGUUCGCGUCUGAAAUGAAAUAUUUAUAAAAUGUGUUAGUAUGUUUCCUACCUUGAUAAGUUCACCUAUAUUGAAUGUAAUUUGAUCUUUGAUAAUUUUUUUAAUCUUGAGAAUUCUCUGAUACUGUUUUGAAUAUCAGUGUUCAUUGUGUUAUAAGUUUAAACAUCAAAAUUGAAAUAAAUUGGACUGAAUAUGCAUGUGUAACAUAUACCUUAGAGGCUGGAUUUCGGAAUCAAAUUAAUAGGAGCUUGCUGUCUUAAAGCAGAAAGCAGAAGAGGAAAAUAGCAUUCGUUUGUAUUCCAGCAUAUUGAGGUUUCGCCGUUCCUAGCUUAUACUAAUGUUUUUUCCUCUCAUUUCUGGGAGUGCCUGUCAUUCUGGGAAUCCCUGUAUAUAUCAUACCAAGAACAGAGUAUGAUGUGACUUUCAAAUGUGUUUACAGAGGAUACAUGCAAGUGUGCUGUUAAUAUAAAUUGUUUGGCCUUUGCUGCAUUGACUUUGUUGCUGUUUUGCUGCCGAAAUGUGAGAAAUGUGUGUCUUCUCUUCCUCCUAUAUAUUGUGCCAAAUGUUUAAAAUUUUGUCUACUUCUAGUAACACAUAAUUCACCAUAUCCCUUGUCUACUUUUAUGAAUCAGUAUAAGGAAAAACAAUACAUUAGGAUAAGGUUUGCACAUAUGUAUAUGUGUUUUUAUUGAAAACUGGGGACUUGUAGCCUUGUGUAGACCUCUACCUGCCUGAUUUACUAAUUAUCUCUAAUGCUGUCAUGAAGAUGAUGCUGUUUACUCUCUCCUGCUUUGUUCUAGUGGUGUUUGAGAAAUAAGACCUGUGAAUUUCCCUUUGUGAUAGAACAGUGAACUCAGCAGUAUCUUGGAUAAGUGAGCCGACUACCUUGUCCCCACACCGUUUUUGUCUAUAUGGUGAAUUCAGAAGUCAAUCGUCCCCUUCUUUGUUUGUUAUUUUACAUAUGUAUCUGAGCAUUUUGUUUGCUGCUAGCAAUGCUUCUUGAUGUUGUGCGUGGCCCUUUGUGGUUGAUUCUCUCCAAAUUUGGGUCAGCUGCUGCCACCUGGCAAAUAACAGGCAAUAUGCUGAAUCUCCUGUCCAUCCUUGUAACGAUAUCCUUCUUAAUGAAAUUCUUCAACUGGCUGAGUAAUUACUAAUGUCAUCUGUGCAGAUACAUGGGCUUAAGGAUGUCUACAAUAUUUUAGACCUUUUUGCAAACAGGGGAGAAAAUGGUCUUGUAAAUACUGAAACAGAUUUCCGUGAACUUUAUCCUACUCUUGGAAAGAAAACAAUUCUCCUUGGCUGCAGAAAUCAAAUAAGCUUGGGUUGCAAUGACCAAGAACAUAACUGAAGAUUGAUUGAAGUGGAAAAAUUCUGUCUCCCAAGUGAUCAGUGACAUCUGCCAGAGGUCAUUACAGCUAUUUUUACUGUGAACAGUCACCAGCUAAACUACUCACUUUCCACAACCAAAUAACCUCUCUCAAAGUAAAUCCAGUACAUCUGUAUAUAUGUGUAGAUAGCAGCAACAAAUAAUCCUGAAACAUUACUUUUGGCUAUUGAGUAAAUCAAAGUGAUGAUAAUUAUAAAGAACAUUCAAAUAACCAUGGACCUUGGUGAAAUGACUUGUGGUGGCCAGAAUGGUGCAACAAGGUGUAAUUUACAAGUUUUUUUUAAGACCCAAGUAUCUCAGAUACUUAUCAUGAGAAUAAAGACUGUUGAAUAUGAAAUUAAAGCCAAGCAAUAAUGUGCCAAAAAGAGGCAGUUAUACCAGCAAAUGCAUCUAUUAUGGGCACACCUUUAUAUAAUGAUGGUUUGCUUUAUGAAGACUGACUGUAACCCACAGGACAAAAUAAGUGAAGGCAUAGUUUCUGCUUUCUUCCUAGAAAAACUUGUUUGGAAGCUUCAUAAGGAAGUACAACACUAGUGAUCAUUUGUAAGAAUACAGUUGGCAUCCCUGUUUUUGUGCUAGCCAAGACAAAAGAGGAACCACUCAAAGUCUUGCUGGCUUAAAACUCAAGACAGCUCCAACCAGAAGUUUUGUUGAAAUGGAGACUUUAAACUUAUGGUAAUUACUCUUUCUGGACACUAGCAUGUAGAAAGCAAUUCAAUUAACUCUGCCCAGAGGAUUACCAGCUUUAGCUGUGAAAAAAAAAUGGGCUCCCCGAUGUAAAAUCACUAAAACAUGAGUACUUGUAUCCAAAGAGGCUUCAAAUGAUGCCUUACAGAAAAUGAUGUUCCAGAUGAGCACUUCUAAAUGGUAACUCUUUAUCAAGUAUCUUUCUGAUCCAAGCUCAAAAUUAAUUGGCUGCAAAAUAGUAGGAAUAAAAAUCUCGUAUUUUACACUUUAGAAAAAGAUACUGAUGAUCAACCAGCGUGGUGAUAAUUAUGAUUGGAUACCCCAGUGAUUUAAACAAGUUAAAAAGAAUUAAAUGGGAGAGAAAUGCUAACAACUUUCUUGAUCUCUUAACUAAGACAAUGUCAUCCAUUUAUUUCUGAGGCAAAAAUUAUAGCUUGUUUUUUGACAUCGCUGCUAGUGGUGUUGUUUGUUGCUUUAAAAAUUGUGUCUCUUUAGAAAAACUCUCUAGCAGUUAAAUAAUUUUUCCUGAUUCAUAGCAUUGCUUUUAAUAACAUGUGAAGGCUGUGUAUAGAGCAAACUAUAUAAAAUGAGUAGAAAGGGCUUACUCAUGUUAAUCGGCAUCUUUAAUGAUUUUAGAUUCCUUAACAUUUAUUUUAGAUCACUUCUUUAAGUAACUUACUUUUCCUAAUGUUUUUCAUCAUGUCUUAAAAUGAUGCUGGUAUAUCAGGAGAUUGCAGUAUUAUAAUCAUACUCUCCAAUCCCUAGAGGAGAGGAAAGAAUAAUUCUUAUUUUAAGGGCCCCUAGAGAUAUCUUUUAUUGAGGUUGAGAAAGGUCAACACAGCCUGAAAACAAGAAAAAUAUAUACUAGCAAUUACUAAAUUUCUAAAUGUGUUUAUCUCUGCUGUCCUAAUGUGUGAACAAUAUGUUGUGCAUAAUACUGUAGCUGGUUGUGGUAUGUCAAUACAUUCUGUGAGUGUGUACAGUCUGAGUGAUCAGUUUUCUAUUUUUAUGUGUAGAAAAAGAUAACUUGUUGUAUCCCAUUUAAAGGCCAAUUUCUAUCAUCAGGUAGGCACAUGUACAUACGUGAAAAGGCCAACAAAAGUGUCCACAUGUAUUCAGUAACAGAAUUUGUUCUUUUAUUUUUGAAGGUCAGAAAGGGCUGUUUGAUUUGUUUUGUUUUUUUAUCAUCUCCUUGAGUAGGUAACAUAAUUAUCACAAAGGCUGAAUAUAGUAAUCAGUACAUUGGCAUAUUAUUAAAUAUGCCAGGGCUAAUUAACCAUGCCAUUAGUCACAGGUAAGGUCAGUUCUUUGACCACUGGGAUGAUUUACAUUCCUCACACAUCCUCUCUGUGUUAAGUGUGUGAUUAGGAUGUACAUACUAUGGGUGUGAUUGUGUACAUACCUUGUAUGAAUUAUCUAAAUCCUCAAAGCAGUUGCAGGAAAGAGGGAAGAUGAAAUGGUUGUUCAAAAGCCUCAAAAGGGCUAGUCAAUAUAUAAUUUCAUUUCUACACAUAAAAAUGUAAAUAGCUUAUCCACAUAUAUAUGCACACGUAAUGCAUUUUAUUUAUACUAUUAUAUUCAAAUAAAUCGCCAAUUAAAACAACUAAUUGAAAGCUACAUCUUUCCAUGACUGCUUUGUUUUACAAAUAUUAAUAUUGUAUUAGAUGCCCCUCGCUUGAUGGUGUUACUCCCUCGUAGCAGAUUUUGUGCUAAGAAAAAUCGGGCUCCCGAGGCAUGUGAAACACAUACUGUUACCUGAGUAGCUACAGAGAAUUAAUGCUGUUCCUUAAGCACCUAAUUUUAUAUCUGGAAAUGGCAAACAGUGGUGAAAACCAAUGAGACUCCUUUUAGACAUGUAUCAACGUGUUGAUUUGCACAAACCAAUAAAAGCCUUACAUUUUUUGGAGAUAGAUCCCUAGAUUUCAAGCAUGUACAAUGACUCAAAGUGGAUAUCAUUACAGGCAUUCUUCUUUUGAGCUCAGCAAAACUAUGUUUACCAACACCAAAGAGAAGUCAAAGAUUUAAAUGAAAAAAAAAAUGCAGAUGAUGCUAGUGAGAUAAUAGGAUAUGAGCAAUGAACCCUUGGUGGGGGGCGGGGGGUUCCAGGGCACUUAAAUUGCCUCAUAUUUUGAGUUCCUUAAGAUGGACUCAAAUAAAAAGUAUUCUCAGUAAUAGGAGAUACUGUGUGGACUAGGUAACGUGUUAGAAUCAUUAGCUGGCAAGUGUCUCUAGACAAGGUUGGUCAGCUUAUCAAAGUUCCAACCAGUGAAUUGCUAUUGUUCGAAUUCAUCUCAUUUUUUCUCAAAGGAAAUGUUCUAUUAGGGAUCAAAGAGUUUGAUCUGGUUAUCACAACUAAUGCAAUUUGACCCUGAUUCCUUGACACUAAAAAUUAUGUUGGUUGGGUAUUGGAUUGAAAAUAUGAAUGGAGGCCAGGCGCAGUGGCUCAUGCCUGUAAUCCCAGCACUUUGGGAGGCCAAGACGGGUGGAUCACCUGAGGUCAGGAGUUCAAGACCAGCCUGGCCAACAUGGCAAAACCCCUGUCUCUAUAAAAAUACAAAAAUUAGCUGGGCAUGUGUGCCUGUAAUCCCAGCUGCUCAGGAGGCUGAGGCCAGAGAAUCGCUUGAACCCAGGAGGCGGAGGUUGCAGUGAGUCAAGAUCAUGCCAUUGCCCUCCAGCCAGGAAGACGGGGCAAGACUCCGUCUACAAAAAGUACCAGAAUCACCCUUUGAUAGAGAAUUCCAUCUGGCAAAGUACAAACAACCACUUCUCAGUAGAAAGUUAAGAAUAACAUUUAAAUACAUAUUCAUGUUUUAAAGAAUCAAUGUGCCAUCUUUAUAUAUUAAAUAAAAAUAAAAAUUAACCAGCUAUAAGAACACUACAAUUACAAAUAGAGUGGCAGUGUUUUUUAACUGCUAAAAGUAUACAUGUUUAUAAGUGUAGCAUACCGGAAAUCUUGAUGUUUGUCAAUACUUACUGUUGCUUAAAAGAUAAAUGUGAUUAUUUUUGAAAGGUGUAUAUUAAUUUAAAUAAUACCCAGAAAAAUGAUAACUUUCAAUAAGAGAAUCAAUUAUGUGUGUAAAUACUCAGCUGAGAAGGAUCAAAAGUAUAGUAUAAUAUGAAAUCACUGAAGACAAAAAUAUUUAAAAUGGAAAGUCCAUUUAUGAAUAUAUCAAUAUUAAAAUCUAAAGUUAUGUUUUUUAUAAUGUUUAUAUACAAAUGUCAUAAAUCAUUUAAGAAAGUUCUCAUCCUCCAGAUAUUGACCAAUAAACUUAACUUCCUAGACAAAAGAAGAAAUGUUAUAAUUCAUACAAAGAUGGAGAAAGCUUUUGGAAUUACAUAUACUUACACCUUCAAUUUGGAUUUGAUUUUUGAAUGGAUGCUUAAAAUUCCUAAAUUCAACUAACGACUUAGUUUUACCCUCAAAAAAUUUAGAAUAUUAUUUUUUUGCAUCUCACUUUGCAUAAUAAAUGUAAUAUAGAAUACAUUUUAUUCUGCUUUGUUAAUGUUGUUAUUGUUUUUUCCACUGCUAUUUAAAUCAUUCUUUUAACCGUGGAUAUGCAGAAUCAGUUGAUUUUCCAUGUGACACACUUCUGCCAAGAAUCUGCUGUGGAACUGGAAGUAUUUGCAAUGAAAGAACUUUUUUCUUUAAUUAAAAUAGAAUUCCCAUAGAA